CUCGGUGAGCUGAGACCGGAGCAGAGCGGGACUGAAUACCCGGGACUAACAUCAUCAUCACCAUCAUCAUCAUCACCUUCAUCAUCAUCAGAGAUAAACGCCUGGAUUUCGUUCCUUCUUUCUUUAACUCUGUGGAUUAUAAUUUUUUUUUAAAUUCUUAUUUCAACCCAAUUUUUUCCCUCCUGUUUGUUUUUGAACUGUUUGACAUCAAAGGAAUUCGCGCUCCUGCAACAUCAAAACAACCACGUCGAGUGUGAAGCAGAAUUUUUUUUGUUUAGUAUUUUUGUUUAUUUUCUUCUAUGUUGUUUGUGAUGUGAGACGUCUGCACCGGACAUCAAGCUUUUCAGUCACUGAGGGAGAAAAACAAAUAUUUCUACGUAUCCAUGGACAUCUCUCUCUCCGGUUUGUUCCGUGAUGAGUGCUGCUGUGUUGCGCGCGCCUCUGCGGGGGUGAUUUGUAUCUCUGCCUUAACCCCCCCUCCCCCAGCCCCCUCUACAAGUUCUGCAUAAUUUUUUAAACAAAUUUUUCUAUAGAUAAAUAUAUAUUUUUGUCUUUAUCCCUGCGGAUAAGUUAACUGGACAUGGAGAUGCUCUUGCUGUGGCUCGUGCUGUGUCUGGCGCACAGAGUCGCCUCGCAGAUUCGUUACUCGGUACCGGAGGAGACGGACCGCGGCACGUUCGUGGGCAACAUCGCCGAGGACCUGGGUCUGGACCUGACCAAACUGGCCUCCCGACGCUUCCAGACGGCACCGGGGUCACGCGGGAGCCCGUACUUGGACGUGAACGUGGAGAGCGGCGCGCUGCUGGUGCGAGAGCGCAUCGACCGGGAGCGCGUGUGCAAGCAGAGCGCGUCCUGCGUGCUGCACUUGGAGGUGUUCCUGGAGGAUCCGCUCGAGCUCUUUCGCGUGGAAGUCGAGGUGACGGACGUGAACGACAACGCGCCGAGCUUCCCCGAAAGCGACGUGACGGUGGAGAUCAGCGAGAGCGCCACGCCCGGGACGCGUUUCCCGCUGGAAGCGGCUUUCGACCCGGACGUGGGCAGCAACGGGCUGAGGACGUACGAGAUCACGGCGAACGGUCACUUCGCGCUCGACGUGCAGACGCAGACUGAUGGAAACAAGUUCGCAGAACUCGUGCUUGAAAAGCCUUUGGAUAGAGAGCAGCAGGCGGUGCACCGGUACGUGCUCACGGCGGUGGACGGCGGGCAACCUGCGCGCACGGGCACUGCGCUCUUGGUGGUGCGCGUUCUCGACUCGAAUGACAACGUGCCAACGUUCGACCGGGCCGUGUACUCUGCGAGCCUGGCCGAGAACGCGCCCGCGGGCGCGCUGGUGAUUCAGCUCAACGCCACAGACUCGGACGAGGGCUCCAAUGGCGAGGUGGUUUACUCUUUCGGCAGUCACGUGUCGAGCCGCGCGCGAGAGCUGUUCGACGUGGACGCGCGCACGGGCCGCAUCGAAGUGCGCGGCGAGGUCGACUUUGAGGAAAGCAGCCUGUAUCAGCUCUACGUUCAGGCCAAGGACAUGGGGCCGAACGCCGUGCCCGCGCACUGUAAAGUGCUCGUCAAAGUCACGGAUGUCAACGAUAACGCGCCGGAGAUUGCCUUCAGCACCGUGACGGAGUCUGUGAGCGAGAGCGCGGCACCGGGCACCGUCAUCGCUCUGCUCAGCGUCACCGACAAGGACUCAGGAGAUAACGGGAGGACGCGCGUGGAAAUCCUCGGCGACGUGCCGUUCAGGCUCAAAUCAGAGUUUGGGAACUACUACACGGUGGUGACGGACGGCCCGCUGGACCGCGAGGUCGCCGAGGCGUACACGGUGACUGUCACGGCGCGUGAUGGGGGCGCACCGCCGCUCUCCUCCAGCAAGUCCGUGGAGGUGCGCGUCUCAGAUGAGAACGACAACGCGCCCGCGUUCUCGCAGGCCGUCUACGACGUGCACGUCACAGAGAACAACGUGCCCGGAGCUUACAUUUACGCAGUGAGCGCACGGGACCCGGACGCAGGAGACAACUCGAGAGUGACCUACUCGGUGCUGGAUCGAGACAUCCUGGGCAUGUCCGUGCUCACAUACGUGUCGGUGAACCCAGAAAACGGCUACCUGUACGCGCUGCGCUCGUUCGACUACGAGCAGCUCAAGGAGUUCAGCUUCACUGUGGAGGCGCGUGACGCGGGCAGCCCCGCUCUGCACUCGAACGCCACCGUGCACGUGGUGGUAGUGGAUCAGAAUGAUAACGCACCGACGGUGAUCGCGCCUCUGGGCAAAAACGGGACAGCCAGAGAGCCGUUGCCGCGCUCAGCCGAACCGGGAUACCUGGUCACACGGAUAGUCGCCACGGACGCGGAUGACGGUGAGAACGCGCGACUUUCGUACAGCAUCCAGCGCGGGAACGAAGACGGAUUGUUCCGGAUGGACUGGCGCACGGGGGAGUUACGCACGGCACGCAGGGUGUCCGCGGCCAAAAGGGACGCGCAGCAGCACCAGCAGAGGCGCCUGUACGAGCUGCUCGUGGAAGUGCGCGAUCACGGGCAGCCCCCGCUCUCGUGCAGCGCCGUGGUUCAGGUGGCUUUAGUGGACGGACUUCCCGCGUCGGCUUCGGCGGAGGGACGCGGAGGAGGAGGUGGAGGAGGGGGAGAGCGUGAGCGCGGUGGCGCGGCCCGGGCCAAGGAUGCCAGCCUUGACCUCACCCUGAUUCUGAUCGUCGCCCUCGGCUCGGUGUCGUUUGUCUUCCUGCUGGCCAUGAUCGCCCUGGCCGUGCGCUGCCGCAAGGACAAGAAGCUGAACGUGUACGCGGGCUGCAACGCGUCCUGCUGCUUCUGCUGCGGCCGACAGGCGCGCUCAUCCCGCGGAGUCAGCAGUGGCAACGGGGGCAGCAAGAAGAAGCAAAAGAAGCAGAAAAAACUCAGCAAGUCGGACAUCAUGCUGGUGCAGAGCGCGAACUCGGCAGAAGUGAGCGCGCACGCUGGAGUUGGCUGUGGAGUCGGGAGCGCGCAGGUGCCCGUGGAGGAGUCCGGGAGCUUCGGUUCGCUCCGGCGAGGCCAGAAUUACUGCUAUCAGGUCUGUCUCACCCCCGAGUCCGCAAACACCGACCUGCUCUUCCUGAAGGCAUGCGGGGCGGGAGCGAGCCGCGCGGCCACGGACACCGAGCACAGCCCACGAGGGGGGUUACACACCGCGUACACGGAGCAACAACAACCGGACAUCAUCUCCAACGGCAGCCUUCUGUCCAGCGAGACGAAGCACCAGAGAGCCGAGCUCAGUUACCUGGUGGACAGACCGAGGCGUGUGAACAGUUCGGCGUUCCAGGAGGCGGACAUCGUGAGCUCGAAAGACAGUGGACACGGAGACAGCGAGCAAGGAGACAGCGAUCAUGACGCCACGCAUCGCGGGCACUCCUCCGGAGCGGAUCUAUUUUCGAACUGCACGGAGGAGUGUAAGGCGCUGGGCCACUCGGACCGCUGCUGGAUGCCCAGCUUCGUGCCCACCGAGUCUCGGCAGGGCGCCGACUACCGCAGCAACCUGCACGUGCCUGGCAUGGACGCCGUGCCCGACUCUGAGGUAUUUGAGGGUGAAGCGUUCACGGGCGAUCAGUCAUUCUCCACGUUCGGCAAAGAGCCGCUCCACACAUACCAACACCAACAGCACCUCCAAGCCUCCACGCUAGACACCAGAGAGCUCCAUGCGCUCCUGUCUAACUCGCGCACGCCUUACAAAGCCAACUAUCUGUCGCGGAAAAGGAUUUGUUAGCUCAUUCCGCGUGGACAUCCCGGAGACGGCGUGAUUUUUUGCACAAUCAGUCCAACUGACGGAGAAAAAAAUGAGCAUCAUGUUUCUCGCAUCGAGUCAGACUCUAUUUCCUGAAGUGUGUAUACGGAGGGCAGACGCAGCUCCCGGGCCGAGAGAAAGAGAGACAGAGAGAGAGAGUGAGAGAGAGAGACACACACACACACACACACAGAGGGAAAAAGGAAUUUCAGGAGAGACGCCCGGACGUAAGGACAACACACUUCUCAGCGGGACUGAGACGGAUUUAAAAAUAAAAAAAAUAAUGAAAUAAAAUAAACAAAUACAAAUUCACACACGGACCGGAGGAUGAGGACGGUGAUGAAGAUGUUGACGGACAAUCGCUUCUCUUGGAUCCGGCGUGUGCCUGUUUACAGCACUACUGUACAAACGUGACAAGAAAUUAACAAUGGAGAUACACAACGAGCCCUUUAGAUGUUUGUACACACACACACACACACACACACCACCGGCAAGCCAACUGUACAGGAAACUUUGUGCAUUACAAAUGCAAUAUUACUCUUUUAGACAUGACUGUUUUUUCUAUUUCGUACGUGGGCGUGCGUGUGUGCGUGUGCGGUCAGGUGUUUAUUUUUCUUUGUUUGUUUUUUUGGUUUGUUUUGUUUUUUCCCAAAAUCUGUACCAUUUUAUUUUUUCACAAAGCAGCGUACCGAGCGGAGCCGUCCUCCGUUGUUCUUUUGUUUGAUUGUUUGCUUGUUUGUUUGUUUGUUUUUUGGUUGUUGUUUUGUUUUCUUUGUUUUUUUAGAAGAGCGCUGGCCUAAACCGUACUCUUUCAGACAUUACGUAGGUUAUAUCACAUGUGAGAAGUCUCAAUUGUACUCUUUUAAGCUUCAAAAAUAAAUAUAAAUCUAUAUCUAUAAAUCUAUAUAUAUAAUUAUACUUCUUUUUUUAUUAUUGUUUUGGAAAGUGUGCUCUCCAUAUGCGGUUUAGUGACCCGGGAAUUCGCCCGUCCUGGGACGGAAGGCCUUAUCUCCACACUUCUCUCUCUCUCACACACACACACACAUACACACACACCCACACACACACACACAUCCUUUUACACUUUUGGAUAUUCAUGUAAAAAAAAAAAAGGGAAAAUUAAUAAUCUAGAUUGGAACACAUGGUAUUUCUAUGUUAUUGUAGCCAAAAAAAGUCUGUUUUAAAUGUGAGAGGCCAAAUAUAGAAGGUGCACCAAGUGCAAAACACCCACACACACACACACACACACACACCUUACUGCCGAAGGUGACCAAUAAACUGACGAGUGUAUACUGUAAUCUUUAAGAGACUCCUGUGUGAUUUAUUUUAUUUUAAUAAAUUUAAUUAAUGUAAUAUACAUAGUAAUUAAUAUUCAUUAAUAAUUAAUGAAUAUGUUAAAUAUACUGUAUUAUUCA